CUAUAGUUCUUUUCGUUCUCUUUUUUCUUUCUUUUCCUUUGAAGCUCGGAUUGCUCAUGAGCCAUCGGGGCCGUACAGACUCGAGAAGCUUGUAUCAAAAAUGUUAUAACAUGCAGUAACGCACGCAGGAGACGUCCGUAAAGUCGGGAACAGUAAUUUUGUCAAACUUGUCAAACAGUACUUCGUUAUACGCCGAAGCUUUCAGGGUCUUUGCUGCAAGUAUAUCCAUCAUGCUUACGUUCAAGUCGUUGUCGUCGCGUGUGCUCCUUGGAGGCCGGUCGAAGGACACUGUUUGCGUCGGGCGCAGCCAACAGUCCCUUGGAGAAGUCUCCAGCGAUGACAUAUCUAAUCAAAGGAUCUUCACCACCACUACCAUCUCUACCAGUAGUGCUCUUUCCACCAUCACAACUACCAUAGACCGCUGCGACCACCCGUGUUGUGGCCUGGGGCGGAGUGAGGCCUCAGCCGCAGCAAAACGGUGCCGUACGGUUUCCGUACAUGCCGCCUUCACGCCCGACAACCCAGUUCGCCAGGCACUGUCCCAGGUCGCCAUCAACGUCUACAAAGUCUCCGCGCUCAUGUCCCAGCCAGAGGCGGGUCUGACGCCCCUUUGGGCCGCCGUCAAGAGGUUGGACCUGGGCGCCGUGAACGCGGCGCUGCGAGCGGGAGCCGAUCCCAAUGAGCGAGAUGCAGCCGGCGAUACCCCGCUGCUCUGCAUUGCGCGUGCCGGACACUACAAGUACCCUCCCAACGAGAUUCCUGCGGCUUUGGUGAAGGCUGGGGCAGAUAUGGAGGCGAAGGACAAGAGCGGCCUCACGGCGCUGCAGGUGUCGCUGCUGUCCGGGUGGCAGAACAUUGCGGAGCUGCUGAUCAAGGCCGGAGCCAGCACUGCGGGGGUGGCGGCCGUCAAGAACCGCCUAACUUGCCCGGACUGCAAGCGCCUGGUGGCCCAAUACAAUCUGUAG